AUCCCUAUCUUAUUUGUUUACAAACAGGACACUUGGUGCCUGGAGGGUUAGAAGUUCACUCAAAGCUUUACUCUUCGCCGGUCGCGGUCGUCGCUACUGGUCGGCUCGUUACUCGUUUGCCGCUUGGGUUUGAAGUGUGCAACUUCGUACGUAGGACUACAAAACAAAAACAUGAACCAGACUUGGUACCUUGCCAGAACCAGACGUUCACUUUCCGCGUCUACUCAGGUGCAUCUACUCAUAUACAGUACUCACAAGAGUGUUACAUUGCAUACGGAUGUUGGUGAUAUCAAGGUUGAGCUGUUUUGUGAACAUUGCCCCAAGACUUGUGAGAAUUUUUUAGCUUUGUGUGCCUCCAAUUACUAUGAUGGUUGUCUCUUCCACCGCAACAUAAAGGGGUUUAUGAUCCAGACUGGUGAUCCAUCUGGGACAGGAAAGGGUGGACAGUCUAUCUGGGGACAAAAGUUUGAAGAUGAAGUAAGAGAUGAUUUGAAGAGUCAUUGAUGGGUUAGAUGUAGUUGAUGAACUAGAGAAGCUCCCUGUCAACCCUAAGAACUACAAGCCCACCACUGAGACCAGGAUAAACAAUGUCACAAUUCAUGCUAACCCAAUAGCAGGAUAAUUAAUAUAUAACUGCUCUUUGUGAUGCAAGUUUUAGAUGAUGAUAGUAAUGUCUUGAUUUGGUUUGUAAGUUUAAAAUAUAUUUAUUAUACAGGAAUGAGAGGCUCAAGUUUAAUUUUAUUUGUCACAUUUUAUGUAAUUUGAAAAUUUAAUUGUUGGCUUAGUGAUUGUUAUAAGUAGUGAAUCACAAAUCAAAUUCAAAUUCAAAACAUUUAUUGACAAAUACUGCACAUCAAAAGGAACUGGUUAGUAUGCUAACUAUAACUAGCCCACCCAAAACUACUCUUAACAAGAGCUCUUUAAUAUUGUACGUAAUCAUAAAUCAGAUAUGUAUACAACAAAUAGAUAUGUAUAAAAUCUA